AUGUCUUCCUCUAAAACCAACCCAGACAUUCUCAAUGAAAAACCACUCGUCUUCAUCCUUCCAGGAAAUCCCAAACCACAAACAAAAUCCACUGAAGCAUCUGGGACUCACAAGUCUAUUCGUCUUCAAAAAUCAAAACCUGUAAAAUCAACCAUCGAAUUAUCUGAUGACUCUGAUGAAGAAAAUUGCCCAGAAGAUGUUGAAGUAGAAUCAACUUUGGAUGUCAUCUUGUCCUCUAAGCAUGCACUCGACCUCUUCAACUCUAAAUGGAGAAAUAGGAGUGUGAUCUACGGAAAACCCAUGGACUUUGAAAGCUUCACUGCCCGUGGUUACAACAUUGAAGAGCUCAUUCUCGUUCAAGGUUGGAGCAAGAUGUUAACCCUAGAAAUCAAAACCUACCCAAAACUCGUUCGUUGCUUCUAUGCAUCAAUCCAUCAAGAUACCAACGAUAUGAUUCUCAAAUCUACCAUCAAAGGUAUAACUAUAACCAUAACUCCCUCUCUAAUCUGUCAAAUCCUUGGAAUCCCUGAUUCAGGCAUUCAUCUCUUUGCAAAAGAAUGGGUUGGCUUGUACAAAACCACUAUGGAUAGCGUUUAUCGUGAACUACUUGUUGAUACCACCAAACCCCUAGUGUCUUCAAAUCUGAACCCUGUCCCUCGUAUCUUACACAAAAUGUCCAUACACAAUAUCAUUCCUCGAGCAGGAAGCUUAGAAAAACUGUCUAAGUAUGACAUUAUGGUGAUAUUUCAUCUCCUAAACCGUUAUCCUCUUCACCUAGGUUACCUCAUCCUAAACUUUAUGAAACACACAUGCAAAAAGGGUAGAACUGCUCCCUAUGGAAGGUUUUUGUCACUUGUGUUUAAACACUUUCAAGUCCCUACUGAUGAUGUCACAUCCUUCAUGGGUGCCGGAUCCAUUCAUGGGUGUAGAAUCUCCAAAAUGAACCUCCAUGUGCUUCAAAUCCCUGUGCUUCAAAAACGAAAACGUUUGGUCAAAAUUGCUGAUAUAAAGAAAAAGGUUAAAACCUUCACCAUAAAAGACCAGGAUGAACUAGAAAUUGGUGAUUUUGUUAUGUCCAAACCAACUCAUGCUGAAACCUCUAAAACUGAUUCCCCACAAAUUGAAAAAACCGAAUCCCCCAUCAAGGAACCCGUCUCACCCUUCCAUCAACCCACUGAACCAAUAAUCCCACAAGAGAUCAACUCACCAAUUCCCUCUUUCACCACUCCUCUUGAUCAAUCUCUGCCCUCUGAAGACAUCUUGUUUACCUCACCACCUAAAACUAUGGCUGACCAUAUUUCUGUCCAACCAUCUGAAUCUCAAGCUUCCCCAAUCUCCCAAACUCCUGUUUUUGAUCACCCCCCCUUGCAUUCUCCUGAACUGGACUUCAACAUUGCAUCCAACAUAACUUUUCCUGAUAUGAAUGAUGACCUUGAUGCCUUACUCUUUCAGCAUCAAGUUCUCACUCAAUCUAAGUGUAUGACAUUCUCUGGUGGCUUUGAUCCAAAUGCUGAAACUCUGUAUUCACUCAUUCCACCCAUCCCUCAAAGCACUUAUUCAACCAUUCCUACUGAUGUGCAAAACCUUGAGUCAGAUUUUACUGAAAAUCCUUUUGCUCCCAUUUCAUCUCCUCUACUCAACAAUCUACCCUUAGAGAAUACCUUCAAUGACUUCCUCAGCCAAGCUCCUAUCUAUGACUCCUAUGACUCUCCAUAA